UUCUCUCGUUUAGUCUGUGGCAGAACAUCGUCGAGAGCAGAAGGAGAAACAUAGCACGUCCCGCCGGUACAUCAGAAAGAUUUACCCGAAGGUCCACGCUGCUGUUGAUCAGUGAUUUGUGCUUUGCGCGGGGUUCGUUUAUUCGGUCGGUUAGCAUUGGCUCGACAAAAGCUGGCCGGCCAGUGUUUAUGCCCGCAAGUUGGAGUGAGUGCAAGUCGCAAGUCGGAAUUUCAAGACGGAGAGGAGAGGAAACAUUAAAUCGUCUUCCUCCUCCUGUUUCGGCUUUUUUGUUUGAAUGUUGAGAAAUCAAAGAGAGUGCGGUGCAAAAGCGAACGUAGAAAAAAGGCACGAAAGAAUCGAAUCAAAAUAAUAACAUGUUGAUUUGAAGCGCUAUAAAAGUUGAACAGAAGGAGAAGAGUGAAGAAAUAUACAUGUUUACAGAUCAAGCCGAACGUAAGGAAGGAGUGAGACGGAGGAAACCUCUAUAAAUGAAUAGAGUUUAUUGGGUGCUGUACAGCGGGGCAUGUAAGUGGAGCAUCAUCAAAAAUCGAUUCGCGCGCGCUUUUUUUUUAUAAACAGAAGAAACGGUGCCGAAAGUAAUGCCGAUGCCGCCGAAAUAUGCAUCGUUUUCAUAGUAAUUGAGGCUCCAUUGAUAUGGCCGAACAUUGCCGAAUGGAGGAACAAAAUUGAAGGAUUCAUUGGAGCCAAAACUGGUUCAACAGAACCGCAUCGAGUGAUGAUCAUAUGCCUUUAGUAAAGUGAGUACGAGAGAGUGAGAACGAAAGAAACAAACGAGAGAAAGAGGAAACAAUUCGAAACGGCGAAGAAACGAGGAGAAGCAAAGUGCUGCUGCCUGCAAGAAGUGCAUAAUGUGAAAAGUCACUUAAGAACGUGUGCAAAAUAAAUAAAUCGAAUUAAGCAAAAUGCAUACUAUUAAUUACGAAAGGUAUAAAGCGUCGCUGGUAAUUGCAUGAAGAAGAAAAAAACCGUUGAACCCAUGAAUCUUUGCAGCUGCUGCCUGCGGCAAGAGUAAGUGUAGUGAAGCCGCAGAGUCGUCAUUCGUCCAAGUGCAAGCUGCAGGCUCAUGCAGAGCUUUUUUACUCCAUCGAAUCGCCGCUGUGUCUGGCCAAGGCUCAAGUUUACGCCGCAUAAAUGAAAGAUCACGAAGAUAGAGUGCGCCCGUAGUUUUCGUUGUUGUUGUUGUUACUGUCUGCAUAAACACGGGGCCGCCCCGCUACAGAAAGACCAACCGCAACAUCUACAACAUACCACAUACAAUCAGGUGGUAUUUAGCAUUUUGUUAUAGUGCUCUCUGUUUGCUGGUCUUUUUAAUUCCUUCGUGGUAAAGUGCUUUUAAUGAUCAGUGCGAGAUUCGCCGGCAUAAAGUGUUUUCAAAGGAGAAGAAAAUAUAAAGAUCACGAAAUAAUGAAUUAAAAGAAAUUAUCCAUAUUUCAAUCAAGUUCAUGUGCAUUUUUGAAGCCAGCAACAACCAUGCCUCCGCGGGCAAACGAAUAAGUAAAGCCGAAGAGUGAGGUUGAGGAAUGUAAUUAUAAUGUUGGCUUAAUGUUCGGCAGCAAAACACCUUAAAGGUGGUAAAUUUUUGUACAGUUUUAAGAGCAAAAAGGAGUAAGAAAAGUGAAAACCGGCAAUCAAAGUGAAACGAAAAUGGCCUCUACAAGUACGCAGACGAAUCUGUGGUUUAUUCUUGCUCUCUUUGUAAUCGUUUCUAUGCAUUGCGGCUACGGACAUAAUUACGGACAAGGAGUGCCGACAUGGAUUUGUCUCGGAAUGAAAUCGCCUUUCAUCCAGUUCCGGUCGGAGUUCGAGAUACUAUCCAACAACAGCAUAUCGCUGAACCUGACUGAGAUACGGCACAAGCUGAAGAGCGUUCAAAAUCUGGACCACUUCAUUCGACCUGUCGAAACCGGACGAAAGGAUGACACCAAGAGGCAGCAGCUAGCAGGGAUGUCAUCAUCGAUGGGUGUGGUCAAUACGCUUCCUAGCAACAUGACCAUUACAUUCUUGACCACAACUCCUCCGUCGUUUGUGAAUCAUUUCGAAAUAACGACGGAAACCAGCCUUUCAAACGACGUGGACAUGGAGAGGAAAAGUUUCAGCGAGCACAUGAUAUCAGAUGAUAGCAGUAAAAAGGAAAGAAAAUACAUCAUACCGUUAGCAUUGAAGACUUCGUCCAAUGAAAAGGAAAAAACGUCGUCCAUAUUUCAUGGAUCGUCGACCAAUAUUGACGACCUGAAGCGUCAUAUUCUGAUGCUCCAGAAUCUGACACAGUCCGAUAAGAACUUUCAGAGCAAAUUUGUGGUUUUUCCUUCACUACAAAAGAACGGGUCAGAACCUGUCAGCACGACAGUGCCGACGACCACUACGACUGUUGCCCCAACGCCGGCCUUCCGGCCCUUAUUCAACCAGAUGCCAGUGCUACAAAUUAGGGAAGAUCAAAGUGCGGCAAAGACCUUUCCUGAAAAGUUCACACGAUUGCGGCCAACGAUCAAUAUGCCGCGGCAAAUUCUUCCCAACUCACAAGAUAUAUUAUCUGAUAAUAAAGACGACAUGUUCAAAAUGGAGAAAAUUACAAUAGUCCCACAGGUUUUUUUACAAAACGACCAAACCCCGGAUUCCACGCCAGAUGAGGAGAAUAAUAACAACAAUUACGGCCACAAUAACGAGAGGAAGAAAGAGAUCAAAGGAAAUGACGGAGAGAGUAUCAAGAAUAAAAAACCGUCGCCGCCCGUCUAUCACAGCAAAGAUGGAACAGGAGAAGAGAUAGGCAAUAAAUCUCCACUGCUGGCCGCCACAAUACAACCGACUCGAAAACUCGGACGCAACAGAACCACACUGGCGGCAUUGGCGUCUAGCGCGGCCGUGGCCGUCGAUGAUGUCGAGUUUGAUAACGUUACUACACGUGGCUCCGGAGGUGGCGCACGAGGAAACGGUAAGAAGCGGAAUCGAAAAAAUAAAAAGCCAUCCGAGAAACCAAUUAACUCCAAUCCGGUUCAAGACAUUAGCGGCGUAGCGAAUCAAAGUUCCAGCACAAACAAGACCAAAGUCGGCCGAAAAGGUGCUAAACGGCUUCAAAGACUUCAGCAGAAAGCAUUCAAGUUGCAGCAAUUAACAUCGUCCAGCUCAUCGACUAGUACGUCUCCACCAGCACCGUCCGACGUUCGGAAACUUUCCCGAUUUCGCCGAGCUGACCGGCUCACCACCAAAGCCCAACGAUUUCAGCUGGAGCACAACUUUGCCAAAGAUAGUACAAUUAUUCCAAUUUACGGAUCAUUGAAUAGUUCCAGUGUUAGUGCCAUAGGAAGUUUGGGUGGUAGUAUUAGCUUGAAAAACGGUACUAUUUUUGCGAUCGAAAGCGCCACCAAUGGGAGCAAUCAAAGUGAAAAAGAUAUAAUUAAUCUCAACCCGGACCUUUGCUACAAAGUCAGUGGGCUCAGUGGAGGGCAACAAAAGUUGUGUGCCCAGCACACCAGUGUCAUGCCCGCCAUUAGCCGUGGAGCUCGUGCCGCCAUUCAAGAAUGCAAAUAUCAAUUCAGGCAUCGCCGAUGGAAUUGCAGCACUAUCGAGGAUGACACCGUUUUUGGACCAGUUUCAAAUAUAGGUUCACCCGAAAUGGCCUUUGUCCAUGCGCUAGCGGCGGCCUCUGCUGCCAGUUUCAUAGCUCGCGCCUGUCGCGAUGGCCAGUUGGCUUCAUGUGGGUGCUCCCGGAGUUCCCGCCCCUCCCAGCUGCACGAGGACUGGACCUGGGGAGGGUGCGGAGAUGAUAUGGAAUUCGGCUACAAAUUUUCCCAAACCUUCAUAGAUAUAAAAGAAAAGGAGAGAAAGCGCGGCACGCGUGGGUUGGUUUCCAUUCCGGCAAAGUAUCCUAAAAUUGUCGAGCGGCUUUUGGAAACACUGAACGACACGAGCGAAAACAUUUUGAACGGAACCGAUACACUGUUUCGCCCCGAGGACCUGCAGAAGCUACAAGACAAAAUUGCCAAAGAAAUCUCCAACUCCAACCUGGACCCGAAAGAAAUGAACGAGCUCCAGGACCGCAUCAACAAGGAAAUUACAAACUCGGAAGUAUUCAAUUUGAAGCAUUUCAACAUCUAUGACAAGCUGAAGAAAAUGUUCAAAAAGCCAGAAAAAACUCUUAACGGUGUAAAAUUCAGUGCAUCGGCAAAGGCUCGUGCACUGAUGAAUUUGCAUAAUAAUGAAGCCGGACGAAGGGCUGUCAUCAAAAAAUCACGCAUCAUUUGUAAAUGCCACGGAGUUUCUGGUUCGUGCAGCCUCAUCACAUGCUGGCAGCAGUUAACAUCCAUUCGAGAAAUCGGUAAGCAUGCUCGCUCCACACUCUUGGUGGAAAACAUGAAAACCUAUAGCCAACAAACGCCAUCAUCAACAGGUGACUUCCUGCGAGAGAAAUACGACGAAGCCACUCAGGUGAAAAUAAAUAAACGUGGUCGGUUGCAAGUCAAGGAUCCCAGGUACAAAAUUCCAACCCCAUUAGACCUGGUGUAUCUGGACGAAAGCCCGGACUGGUGUCGGAACAACAAACAACUCAAGUGGCCUGGCACUCACGGUCGCAUUUGUAACAAAACAUCGUCCGGGUUGGAUGGAUGCGCAAUUCUCUGCUGCGGACGAGGAUACAAUACGAAAAAGAUUGUCGUCAAGGAACGGUGUAACUGUAAAUUUCAGUGGUGCUGCCAGGUCAAGUGUGAUAUAUGUACGAAGCAUAUUGAAGAGUACACCUGUAAAUAGUUCGGUAAAAUCAAUGCCAAUGCUUCUUGCGUCAUAAGUUAAUGUAUAUUUAAUGUUCUCUCUGCGCACAACUAAUGACAAAAAACAAUGAGAACUAACAUUCAAUACAUUAGAAACCAGUGUUGUUUGAAAAAUAUAUGCAAACUAGCAAACUGAGGCGAAUAGAGAAAUUUUGGUUUUUCUUGUCUUAUCGCUAUAACAGGUUCUCAGAGUUUUCACUUUAUUCGCCUCAGUUUUGGCCGUAGAUUGGUAGAGUUUAGCAGUACAGGAAACGGAUAUUUCAGUGAAAUAUAAUAAAUAAAUUGCAUUGCAUUUUAAAUAGCUGGGACUACACUAUAGAAGAAAAAAUAAAUCAAAUCGUAAUGAUUUCAUUCCACUUGGGAAAAG